GCAAUUUCUGUUAGUGAAAUCUUAAUCGACCAAUUAUUAUUCUAAAUUACGAAAUGCAUUUUACUGGGAUUAUUGUGUUUACGCCUUAAAACUCAGUUGUCGAUUCCAUAAUAAUGAGCCUCAUCAUUAUCAUUUCUAACCUUUUUUGAUAUCUGUAGAGCGAGGUUAUAAAAUUAUCACUACUUACUUAUUGAAUACUGAAUUAUUUUUUUUACAAUCGAUUCAUACUAUUAACUUCAAAAAAUGCAUUUUUUAACUUCAAAGUAUUUCCAUUACAUUGCUCAAGUAUCUAAAUGAAAUAUGCACUAAAAAUAAUUGUUGCCACCCAAUGGAGCGUUUGCUUAAUACUACUGUCAUUAAUAUUGUUAUUAUUGCUAUCGUCACAGUCAUCAUUUUUUGAUAAAUAUAUCAAAUUUUCUACUUACAUUAAAUCCAUAAGUGAUCAAAACUUCAUUUUAGUGAAUUAUACAUUUAAAGAAACCAGUAUAACGUCCAACAUACAAUUUGGAUUCUUUGGUUUUUUGAUAUUCAAGCUAAAUCCAUAUAUUAUGGCUUCAUCAAAUCUAGGAAUACAAAUCGGAUCAGCAUGGUUUCAAAAAAAAAUUAAUCUCCGACCACAGCAUCGUGGUGUUCACCUCGUUACUGAAGAGAUUCUCCGACAAGUACCGGAGCUAUGUCAAUUUGCAAUCGGUUUAUGUCACAUACAAAUCCUCCAUACUUCGGCAAGUUUAGCUCUCAAUGAAAGUUGGGACCCUGAUGUCAGAGAUGACAUGGAAAUGAUGUUAAAUAAAAUUAUUCCAGAAGAAAUGCCAUAUAGACACAGUUGUGAAGGUCCUGACGAUAUGCCGGCACACGUCAAAGCCUGCUUUCUUGGUUCAUCUCUGAGUAUUCCGAUAACGGAUGGAAAACUUGCCUUAGGAACGUGGCAAGGAGUUUGGUUUUGUGAGCAUAGAAAUAAUGCUGGAAGCAGAAAAUUAGUCAUUACUUUGACUGGUUGCCUUAGAGAUUCAACACGUAGUCCUUUAAGUCCUGUCAGUCCAAUUGCAUCUACAAGCAGCUAGGACUACUCUCACCCCCGAUGGCGUGAAAAAUCUCAAGAAUUCAUUUCGAGAUCUAGCGUAUCAAGCUAGCAGUCACUGAAUUUUUAUUUCAUCCUGAAGUAGACUUCUAGAAAGAGUAAUUGGGUACUUCAAAAAUAAUUAAAAAUGAAUAAACAUAACAAAUUUCUACUUAA